AUGGGUUCUAUAAAUAGCAGUGCGUUCUGCACGCCACAUUCAAAGAGCUCGAUCGCUAGCUACCUACACCUGCGCGCAGUUGGAUCGCUUGCCAGUUGCCACACGCUCACCAAGCGAUCGAUGGAGGACGGCAAGGACGCCGGCGGGAUCAAGUACCGCGGCGUCCGGAAGCGGCCGUGGGGCAAGUUCGCCGCCGAGAUCCGCGACUCGGAGCGCGGCGGCGCCCGCGUCUGGCUCGGCACGUUCGACACGGCCGAGGAGGCCGCGCGGGCGUACGACCGCGCGGCGUUCGCGCUGCAUGGCGCCACCGCCGCGCUCAACUUCCCCGGGGAGGUCGGUGGGGCGAGUAGGGGCUCGGCGACCGGCUCGUCGAGGGGCAGGAGCCGCGGGGACGGCGAGAAGAUCGAGCUCGAAUACCUCGACGACAAGCUGCUCGACGACCUCCUCGACAGCAACAAGUACGGCAGUAAAUGAGAGGCGUGCGUAGCGUGCAUGCCUCUGUUGUGCUUGCUUGCAUGCAUGCAGGAGAAACUACCUAAACAAACACACAUAAAAUACAUAAAUGAAACAUACAUAUAUUAAAGCAAACACACAUCCAUUACAAGAAAUAAAGAGCAGACAAUACUUUAUAAUUUUUUUAAUGAAUUUGCAUUUACGAAACUAUUUACUGGGCCUGUGUGCACCACCCGAUGAUCAUACUGUAAAAUAACGGGUUUUGUUUUGUGCCAAAAAACACAAGCCACGUUGGACACGGGCAGUAGACGUGUCCAAUGAAGUACUCAUAGCUAAAGUGCAAGCUGAUUGGUUUUUCGUAAAAAAACACUACAAGCUGAUAGCCAGCACUAUAUACUGAUCGUUACAGGAGUGUGGGGUGUUAUUAAUUGUAGAUGGUCGAUCGUUGUGUGUAUACUGAACGGAAUAUAUAUGUGGAUCUUGGUCCGUACGAGAAUGUAAUGUUACAAAUGUGGCAAUGGAAAAACCAACAUUUCAUGUCA